AUGGUUUCCAUUAUCGAUUUUCCAACGGAGAUUCUUUGGAUCAUAGCCAGCACCUUAUCGGGCGGCCAGAUUUCUGCUUUUGCUCAGACCCACCGAAACCUCUAUCCCAAGCUGCGUCUGGCGCUAAUAAAGUACAAUAUCAAGCACCAAAACAGCUCGGCGCUUCAUUGGGCUGCUAAGACCAAUAAUUGUGCAUUUGCAAAGGCGUUAAUCUCUUACCGAGCCGACGUAAAUGCACUAGUUGACGAUUCAUCCCCUCUCAUGACAGCCGCAGAUCACGGCUCGGAGCUGGUGAUCAAAGUAUUACUGCAGAAGAGAAGGUUGCGCGUGAACUUGAGAAAUACCAAGGGAGAGAGUGCUCUGUGGCACAGCGUGGCGACAACAUCAUCCGUCAUCGUCACCCAGCUCCUUCAACACCCUCAGCUCAAAGUCGACCUCCCAAAUUCUGAGGGGCAGACGGUGCUCUGGCUUGCUGUCUUUCAAGGAAACAGAGACUUUGUGUGCCAACUACUCAUAAGAGGUGCCAACCCUGAUACAAAAGAUCUGAAUGGAAUAUCGCCAUGGAUCCAAGCAUGCAUCAGAAACAGAAACAAUAUCAAAGAUCUCCUACUUGAUCAUUGGAAAGCGACAUCCCCUGGCGUCAUAUCACAGGAUACACCGCUCACUAGAAGUGAGGAAACGGUUGCGUCAGCUGCUGGUAGCGGAGGUGCUUCCAUAUCACGAAUGCUGCGCCUCCGGGGAGAGGAAUUCGAUAUCGUUGAUGAACAGGGACUGACACCUCUCCACACAGCGGCAAGGAGCGGUCAUCUUUUGGCAGUGGAUUUUCUACUUCGCCACGCAAAUACUCUCUUGAACCGUAAAGACAGUUACGGUAGGACUGCGCUGUGGUGGUCUACCUUUUCAUUCUAUGAUCGUGUCACGCAGAGGCUUCUGGAAGAGAAGGACGUGGAGAUCAAUACGCUUGGAACAUGUGGGAAAUAUGAUAGCCCUUCUACCUCGCUCCACCAUCUAGCCAGAAGAAAUGAUACAACCGUUCUUGGAUGGUUCUUAAGCCGGCCGAGUCUUGACCCAAAUCUAUGCGGGGGCUCUCAAUCUCCUCUUUGUCUGGCUAUACAACAAGGGAAUACCGCAGUGGUGAGAUUACUCCUCACUCACAAAAAGACACAAAUUAACGCCUUGGAAAUACCCAAUGAUUCGCCGCUUCUUUUGGCAACCCAGGAGGGCCACCGUGAUAUGGUUGAAUUGCUGGUCCGGCAAGGUGAUCGGCUGCAGAUCAACCAGUGGAACAGUCCUGAUAAGGAGACGGCACUUUGUGUAGCCAUUCGUCACGGAAGACUUGAUAUCCUAGAUAUUUUGCUUGGGCAUCCUGGAAUCAAUAUUGAUACGAUCAAUGGUUGGGGUGAGACGGCCCUGUUGUUAGCGGUCAAACGAGAAGAUACUGCAAUGGUCAGCAGAUUACUCCAGGGCCCGAACUUGCCUUGUAUUUUGGCAAUGCCAGCCGAAGUUGCUCAAUCCCGUAAAAAACGUGAUAUGAGCCGUCUCAUCCAAGAGGCAAUGAAGCAAAAGAGCCACGGAGACUACUCGUCAAGGAAGAGACAACGUCAGAUACGAAAAAGUCGUGUAAAUUUCAGCUUCGUUUAA